AUGUCUAUAGCAGUAGCCGUGACACUGACAGUGUGUGGAAACCUGCUUGUGAUCAUCUCCAUCUGCCACUUCAAGCAGCUUCAAACACCAACUAAUUUUCUCCUGCUCUCUCUGGCCAUGUCAGAUUUACUUGUUGGAGUAAUUGUGAUGCCCCUCUACUUUACUAUGUUGAUAGAUCGACAAAGGUGCUUUAGCACAGUAUACUGCACAAUAUUUCAUGUCACAGCAUUUUACCUUACUUUUGUCUCAAUUUAUAAUGUAGCUUUAAUUGCAGUGGACAGAUGUUUUGCUAUCUGUUACCCUUUUCAGUACUCCAUGAAAAUGACAUUGAAUGCAACUUUGAGAUUAAUAUCCAUACUGUGGUUGUCUUCAAUAAUCUACAAUAUGGUUGUUCUUUAUUUUAAUGGGAAUAUUCCUGACUUGAGGGAAAAUAUCACAUGUAUUGAGUGUGCUGUUCAGUUUACUGAAAUAUGGGCCAUUGUUGACUGUCUAGUUAUAUUUAUUGUGCCCUGCUUAACGAUUAUGAUCAUGUACCUGAAAAUCUUCUCUGUUGCAAAAAACCAUGCAAAUAAAAUUCGGUGUGCCCAAAAGUGCACAAAAACGAAUAAUAGUUCUGUGACAUCAGAAAGAAAAGCAGCAAAAGCAAUCGGGGUUCUAGUGUCAGUGUUCCUUCUGUGCAUUGUACCCUUCUAUAUAUGUGCUUUCCUUGAAGCUUAUAUUAGUAACAAUGCAGUGCAUGUUGCAGCUGCAAAUGCAUUGACUCUUAUGUAUCUGAAUUCUGCAAUAAAUCCUAUAAUUUAUGCUUUGUUCUAUCCGUGGUUUCAGAGGUGUGUAAAACUAAUUUUAACAUAUAGGAUAUUCAGUGCAGGAUCAUCAGAUUUGAAUGUGCUUGCAACAAAAUAG